GAGCCUUAUCUCUAUAAGGAAAAGGACAAAGUCCUCGGUGGCUUAUUGAAAAACAAAGCUCAUGUGCCCUGGUUGGAUGUGAAUAUAAGUAACAAUCCUUAACAGCAGCUCCUCAUCUGCGUCUGAUUAUAAGUGUGAACAGUAGGAACAAUGAAACACAUUUCAGCACUGGUUUUGCUCCUUCUCCUGGGGAUGUCCUCAGCACGCACCUAUCAAAAUGUGGCCCUGCGUGGCAAAGCAACCCAGUCAACCCGUAUCAAUGAGGUAUUGUCGGCUGCCUACGCUGCAAUUGAUGGAAACCGUGAUUCUGACCUUCGCCAUGGAUCAUGUUCGCACACCAAUCAACAGACCGACCCCUGGUGGAGAGUGGACUUGCUCGAGCCCUACAUUGUCACUUCCCUCACCAUCACCAACAGAGGAGACUGCUGUCAUGAAAGGCUCAAUGGGCUGGAGAUCCACAUAGGCAACUCUUUGAAUAAUGAUGGCUUAAUAAACCCAAAGGUUGGAAAAAUUUCAGAAGUUGGUGCAGGCAAAUCCUACACUGUGAAUUUCGCUGGUCGUGUGGAGGGGCGUUAUGUAACUUUGAGUCUUCCUGGUUCACAAAGGAUCCUCGCACUCUGUGAAGUGGAAGUCUACGGAUAUCACGCUCCAACUGGAGAAAAUCUUGCACUUCAAGGAAAAGCCUCACAGUCAUCACUCUAUACAACUGGUAUUGCCUAUAAUGCCAUAGAUGGAAAUAAAAACAGCAUAUGGGGUGGGGCAUCAUGCACUCAUACAAAACAAGACUUCAGUCCGUGGUGGCGACUCGAUCUGCGCAAAACCCAUAAAGUUUUUUCUGUUAAGGUAUUGAAUGUAAUAGAUUCUCUCCCAGAAAGACUAAAUGGAGCCGAGAUCCGCAUUGGAGAUUCUCUUUACAACAAUGGCAACUUUAAUCCCAGGUGUGCUGUGAUCUCAAGCAUCCCAGGAGGUUCCAUUCAAGAGUUCCACUGUAACGCAAGUGAUGGGAUGGGGAUGGAUGGCCGCUAUGUUAACAUAGUCAUCCCUGGAAGACAUGAAUACCUGACUCUGUGUGAGGUGGAAGUGUAUGGCUCGGUCCUCGAUUAGCUGUAAAGCUUGUGAAGAAUAACUGUGCAAGGUUUCUCUUACAGUUUUAGAUACACAAUAACUCAAAAAUGUUUUCCCAAAUUCAAAGGGACAUGCAAAAACAAAUAAACAAAAAACAAAAUCGCAACAAAAGUGUAAUUUAUUAGAAUAAAUUGUGCUGGAGGAAAAACAAUAUUACUAAGACUUGAUUUGUGAAAAUCAAUACUUGUACAAAUACAAUAUUUUUAUAUUUAUGCAUAUUUUA